CGGCGUGGUUGACGUACUAAGCGGCGGUCUGACCGCUGGGUCGUUGGCCCGGACAAACAUGGCUGCGCUGAAGUUCUGCGCUAACAUUUCGUGGCUGUUUACGGAGCUUCCGGACUUCAGCAGCCGGAUCUCCGCGGCUGCUUCUGCGGGCUUUCAGGCUGUGGAGGCGGCCUGGCUCUACGACUCCGACCUGGCGGAGCUGCAGGAGGCCAAGGAGGCUGCAGGAGUGGAGGUGGUCCUCCUCAACACCCCAGCAGGAGACCUGCAGGCAGGAGAUCUGGGACUGGGGGCGGUUCCUGGGAGGGAGCAGGACUUCAGACACGGUCUGGACCUGUCUGUGAAGUAUGCCAGAGCCCUGGACUGCAAGAGGAUCCACCUGAUGGCAGGAAGGAUCCCCGCCGGCGCUUCCAGGUCAGCCGUCUGCAGGGAAAUGGAGGAGGUGUUUGUUCAGAAUCUACGCUAUGCAGCAGAGAUCCUCUCCAAGGAAGGGAUCACUGGGCUGAUUGAGCCAAUCAACAGCAGGAUCACCGACCCCCGCUACUUCCUGGACUCGCCUCAUCAAGCUGCAGCGAUCCUGGAGAAGGUGGGAAAGCCCAACAUCCAGCUCCAGAUGGACCUUUAUCACUGGCAGAUCAUGGAUGGAAACCUGACCCAGAACAUUCACAAGUAUUUCCCCAUCAUUGGUCACGUUCAGAUCGCUCAGGUCCCCGGCAGGAAUGAACCCGACAGCGACGGAGAGCUGAGCUUCGGCUACCUGUUCAGGACGCUGGAGAAGCUGGGCUACCGAGGCUACCUGGGCUGUGAAUACAGGCCGUCAGAGUCCACAGAGAAGAGUCUGGGCUGGAUCAGACGAUACUGGGCCCAGUAACCAUGGGGACCGCAUCGCCUUCCAGAUGAAGAGAAAGGAUUUCCCCAUAAAAUGUCUGUUUUAUUAAAUGUGAGAUAAAAUGAUGACCCAGUAAAUAUUGUUGGAUCCUCCCUCCUGGUUC